UUAAGACCAAUAUUAAAUGUCCAGCAUUUUUUCGGAAGUUAUACUUACACCGAUGAACGGCACAGUGAGGUUUGCUCUGUCAGAAGUCAAUUGUCCCAAACGGGCACCCGUACGGACAGCCGGUAAGCGCUCGGCAUGACUACCGCUGAGCCAUAUGAACCUGUCCAGUACCACUGGUUCUACAACCAGCAGGUGGACUCCAGGGAUUCCUGGCAAUCCUUCAGCAGGGAGGACUCGCAGCGGCUAGAGGAUGCUUACAGUCGAGUAGGGAAAAAUGGAAUGGAGGAAGUGGUGGUGGCUACUGAAGGAAGGAGGUAUGAUGUCAGGCUACGAGAAAGACGACGUUACGCUGUAUACUGGGAACAGACACCCACCGAGGUCAGGCGGUGCUCGUGGUUCCACAAAGGCAGCAAAGACAUGAACUUUUCUCCUUAUACUGAAGAACUCAGUGAGAUCCUAGAGGACGCCUAUAUGAUUGCAGUUACCCUGAACGAAUGGAAAACAAAUCUGGAGCUUCCAACAGGAGAAACUGUGAUCCUUCACAAUCCAAAGCUCAUGACACAGCAUCAAAACAGCUGCAAGGACUUCCCCCCUUCCCCGACGGAUCGGGCUCAACCCAGGACGCUGAAAAGAGGAAUUGAAAAUAUUUCAAUAGAGAUACCAGAGGGAGAGCCGGAGAUAGUAGACCAUCUGGUGUUUAUGGUUCACGGAAUUGGUCCGGCCUGUGACAUACGUCUCCGUAGCAUUGUCCAUUGUGUGAACGAGUUUCGUAACGCAUCCAACGGCCUUAUAAACACUCACUUCAGUCAGGGUGAGAGCACAAGCACCAUUGGAAGAGUGGAGUAUCUUCCAGUCAAUUGGCACAGAGUCUUGCAUGGAGAAACUAUAGGAGUUGACAAAGACAUUGAGAGAAUCACACUUCCCAGUAUCAGCCGCCUGCGUCAGUUCAGCAAUGAUACAGUGCUGGACCUUUUCUUCUACAAUAGCGCCACAUACUGUCAGACCAUUGUAGAUACAGUGGCCUCGGAGAUCAACAGUCUGCACAGCCUCUUCCUACAAAGACAUCCAUCCUUUAAAGGAAAUGUUUCACUGGCAGGACACAGUCUUGGUUCAUUGAUACUUUUUGAUCUUUUGACCAAUCAGGAGAUAGAUUCAGAGGCCACUGGUCAUGAUGAGCUCCAUGAUGAUGACCCUAAAAUUGCUACAGCUUGCUGUUCCUUUAACAACCUGGAGGAUGCGCUAAGGGGUCAGGGGUUGGAGGAGCACCUCAAAAUACUACAGAGAGAACAUGUAGAUAUAGAUUCCCUGAUGCUUUGCUCAGAGAGGGACCUUAAAGACAUUGGAAUACCUCUUGGUCCUCGCAAGAAAAUCAUGAACUUUGUGAAGAAAUGGAAGCACUCCAGAGCUGGAAGUGGACAUGCAGCUCAUUCCUCAGGUCUAGGUGUGAGAAGUGCUAAUGAACAUCAGACCCCCACCACUAGUGCAGUGGAUUAUCAGCAUUUUGAUGUUGGCAUUGGACAGGUAUCCAUUGACUAUCCUCAGUUUGCAUUUCAUCCUCAGGCAUUUUUUGCCUUAGGCUCACCCAUAGGAAUGUUUUUGAUUGUCCGAGGACUAAAGAGGAUCGACCCUAAUUACAGCUUCCCUACCUGCAAGAGUUUCUACAACAUCUUCCAUCCAUUUGACCCAGUGGCAUAUAGGAUCGAGCCCAUGAUUUUGCCUUCAGAUGUAAACCUACCAGCUAUGUUGAUGCCCCAUCAUAAAGGCAGAAAGAGGAUGCAUCUCGAGCUAAAAGAGGGUUUGACUCGAGUCAGCUCUGACUUUUUGGGCUCCCUGCGCAUGGUUUGGCAGAGCAUUUCUCAGGUGCCCACACCAGCACUGGCGGAGGGUGGAGUCAAUUCAGUGUCCACUAUAGAGGAACCAGAAGACUCACCAAUGGAACAGGAAGAGAAGAUCAUGAAGGUGGGGAUGUUGAAUCGCGGACGACGCAUUGAUUAUGUUCUUCAGGAGACUCCAAUAGAGAGUUUCAAUGAAUACCUAUUCGCCAUACAGAGCCAUUUGUGCUACUGGGAGUCGGAAGAUACUGCUCUCUUGGUUCUGAAGGAGAUAUAUGAACAUUUUCCAGUGGCAUCUUCACAGUCUUAGGUGUGAUUGUUAUAAAUGUAUUGUGUAGUAAUGACAACAUUUAAGGCCCAGUAUAUGUCUAGUAACUGAUUUAACUGAUUUUAACCAGUAAACUACCUAAAAAAAUAUUUUUGAAAUGGAAUGUAAUCUAAACUUUUGCCAAGUAUUACAGUAUUAUGUCACUAAUCUCAAGGCAGGCUUUGAGACACCCGACCCAUAAAUGUCCCCUUGUGCACCAACCUUGACUCUAUUCUAACUUAUUGUGACUUUGGUCGGUGGUUUUCUAAUUUUGAGAUUAAUACUUUAAUAUUGUAUUUUAAAUGUAUGGAUGUUUGUGAUGUUUUUUAUUAUUAUUAAAUUCCUAAGGUCUUAUACUUAG